AUGCGGUGGGUUGCUGACCGGUUCGACAUAGAGGAUCUUAAGGCUGUGUCUUUUUGGGACUUUGCUGCAUUGCUCCUUCGCACUUUUGGCCGAGAUCCUCCUCCACCAGUCGCUGAUGCCACCUCAGCAUCUCAGAUGGUUUCUCAGAUGGAGUACACCACCACACCCUCACCAGGUUCUGACAGCGCCACCACUUCAUCUCCGGUGGGCUGUAUCACUUCCUCCGCACCUGUUGAAGUCACCCCCGCACCUCCUAGGAGUCGUGCUCAUCGUAGACGACAACGCCAUCACCAGCACUCUACUGAGGCCAGAGUGGUGCCGCCUAUCUCAGAGGCCCCUACUCGGAGACCUGCGUCUGAGCAGACGCUCCCACGUCCCCGGGCCCCGAAGCAGACGCUCCCACGUCCCCGGGCCCCGAAGCAGACGCUCCCACGUCCCCGGGCCCCGAAGCAGACGCUCCCACGUCCCCGGGCCCUGAAGCAGACGGUGCUCCCACGUCCCCGGGCCCCGAAGCAGACGGCGCCCCCUCCGGCUCUGAAACAGACGCGCCCGGCUCUGAAGCCGACGUCGCCCCCUCCUGCUCUGAAGCAGACUCGCCCGGCUCUGAAGCCGACGUCGCCCCCUCCUGCUCUGAAGCGGACAUCUCUGUCUCAAGUCUCCCCACACGUGUUCCAGUUCCCCAAGCCUCAAGUGUUCCCAUCUCGAGUGUUCAAGUCUCCCAGCCUCCCGAGUCACAAGCCUCCCAGUCUCUAGCCUUCCAGUCACCUCAAG